AUGGGCUGGAUGUGUUGUUUCCGUCGUUCUUCACAUAACCGCAUUAUUCAUAGAUAUGAAAGCAUUUAUCCCGAGCAAUAUGAGUACAUGCAGCAGCUGAAGCAAGUUCUUGAAACCAGUGAGCAGAAGGGACAUGCACUUCUCGAAAUGCCAACAGGAACUGGAAAAACGGUGUGCAUCUUCGCUUUAUAUCUCGCAAUGAAGCAUUCUUACCCAGAUUUAGGAAAAUUGAUAUAUUGUACUCGUACUAUUGCUGAACUGAAACAAUGCAUGGAGGAGCUGAAGAGAGUUGUCGCAUUUCGAAAGUCAAAACUGGAAUAUCGAUACAGGAGUAUUUUGGGAGUUUGUCUAAGUAGUCGUCGAAAUCUGUGUAUCCAUCCCAAAAUCGACUGUAUCAAUCCGGAUACACGCGUAGACAUAUCCUCAUUCAAUUCAAUAUGCAAUUGUGAGUGUUGCAUUGCUAAUUAG